AUGAAGACCGAUCGUAUUCAGAUCCCUUCGGUGGGUCUGCAUGUGAUUUACGAACCUGAAGAGUCGGGGACAACCAUCGCAGACAUCGUUCUCGUACAUGGGUUUGGUGGCCACCCGUCGGUGAAGCUCGGCAAGUUGAAUUCGACUUCACAGUCAGGUCCGCUGUUUCGAGAUGAGACCUCAAAGACGACGCCUGAGGUAGAAGUUUUCUGGCCUCUGGACCUUCUGCCGGAUUCAUGCGGCAAUGCGCGCAUUCUGACGUGGGGUUUUCAUGUGGUUCGCCUAGGCGACAAUUUGCUGGAAGCCCAGGCGGACAUCUUUGAUCAUGCGGAUGAUCUUUUAGGUGAUCUCGCUCGUUUGCGACAUCGAAGUGGCGCACUUAAGAAGCCGGUCAUAUUCGUCGCGCACUCGACGGGCGAGGUUAUAGUCAAGGAGGUAUUGAGGCGUUCAGAGACAGGGAGCAAAAUGCAUAUUAAGGACAUCUUGCUUUCAACUGCCGCUGUAAUUUUCUUUGGAUCUCUCCAAGACGCUCUCGGAAAGACUCCGCUGAGCCAGGUAGUCAAGUCGAUGGCAAGCGUGACUCUCGGUGUCGACACAAAAGAUCCCGUCCUGGCUCGGCUGAGUGGAGCGGAUAGUGCGAACCUAGAAUUUGGUCGGAGGGCUUUUCUUCGCUUGUCGAACGACUUCAACUUCAAGAUAAAAGCCUUUCGCGAUACAAGAACCAUGCGGUCGCUGUUAGAGCAUAUUCAGCUCCGUGAGGCUACUUCCAUUGCGAACCCGCGUGAGCAACCCGAGGAUUUUGAUGCGGAAUACUGGGGUAUCAGUCAAUUCCAAUCAGCUGAGGAUGCUGAAUUCAGAAAGGUGGCCGACUAUAUUCGCCGCACCUUGGAGGAUGAGACAACAAGAGGCAGGGAACUCACGCCCAAAGAGCAGACGUGUCUUGCGUCACUAGUUGUUAUACCCAUCUUUGUGCCCCAAGUCUUGAAGAACUUCCCUGGUACAUGUUCCUGGCUCUAUAAUAUAGCCGAAUUUCGCGAUUGGUACCAUCGCAGACGCACUAACGACAACCGCGUCCUAUGGAUUUCUGGUGCUUCGGGAUCUGGAAAAUCAACUCAAUUAAGACAUAUAAGUCGCAGGAUCCAGAAGGAACGGGCCUGCGAAGCUAAUGCAGUAAUCUGGUCCACAGCCGGUGGUCAGGAUUUAGACCGCGUCUUCUUCACACACCGAAAGCAACAACAACAGGCUACGGAAACUGGACCCCUGGACAUGUUCCGUUCGCUCCUUGCUCAGCUAUUUCCUCAUGAUAGAAAGUUGCGUGAGAAGUUGAUGUGGCUAUCUAAGGCGAGCCAACCGCACAAUCAACCCCUGAGCGAUACCGACCUCAUCUCCUUCUUCCUGGACGACUAUAUGGGGAGCCCUAUCAAAACACGAUUACGAAGAACAUUCAUUUUCGUGGAUGCCAAUGAGGACUGCGGUCCCGUCUACCUUCGGCAACUGCUACAUUGUCUGGACAAACUGGCGCAGAAUUCCAACUUCAGCAUCUGCCUGGCGAGUCGCCCGUGCAUGGAUAUCGCUCCCGGCAAUACUAUCCAAAUCAACGUGCAGGACCACAAUAUCCAUGGAAUUGAGCGGUAUGUUCACAAUAAUCUUAAAGCCAGCUGGGAUGAACGCAGUGUCAUGGUGCAAAAGGUGGUUCAGAAGUCCGGGGGCUUGUUUCUAUGGGCCAAACUUGUCACCGACUUGCUAAACCGCAUUAUUAGCGAGGAAAAGGCCCAAGAUCUUGUUGAUCAAAUUCUCGAAGAACUUCCUUCAGACCUGGAUGGGCUUUACCAGUGGAUGCUGGCUGAUCUUUCCGCCGAAGAGAAGACACAUGUCCUCGUGAUAAUGCAAUGGGUCAUGCUAGCAUCGGAGCCAAUGCGGCUCAAUGAUUUGCGCGCCGCCGUUUAUCUCAAGGAGGCAUGCAAUUUGAGUGAGAUUAAUCCGGGCAUGGUGCUUAACGUAGGUCCGCCUUCCUCUAUGAGCCAACUGAAGGGGACGGGGGAUCAGUUUGGCACGCCCCACCAGUUCCACAUGUGGCUUCAGUCUCGCACACUGGGGCUACUAGAGAUAAAGCCAGACGCUCAAUACGAAGUUAAAGACGGGUCACUCGGUCUUCAACGUGUAGGGGCGAUUCAUGAGUCCGUACGGGCGUUCUUUCUAUCCGGUCGCGGCUUUGCAGCACUAUUGAAUGUUGAUCGUUCACUACCCCCGAUGGACCAGCUAGUUGACAUGGGUCACUACGUGAUUCUACACACCAUUCUUGCAUAUAUCAACUCUCUGGAUCUCUCACUUGGAAAUGCUGACGCUAUGUCCACACUCUUAUCAGGCAGCCCCAAUGAGGAAUUCCGGAACUGGCGCCAGAACGUCAUUGAUCAGCGCAAUUUAAUCAUGUCGUCGUACCCCUUUCUACAGUAUUCCGUCGACAACCUACUCUACCAUCUCCUAUCGCCAAGGACCUUCCGCUACUUCCUACCACAGCAAGCCCUAAUCAAGAUGCUUUCAGCAAACCAAUGUCGCAUCUGGUACCGAUGGACCGCCCUGCUUGGUGCAAACGAGCCAGAGCAAGUUAUUUCCAAGUGCACAUCAGCUGAGAAUUUUCUGAGUCCGGAAUUUGGGGCGAUUUAUAGAUUACAGAGGGUGUUCCGGAUCGCAAAAGCAGUGCGAAAGGCCCUCAGAAAUGGCGGUAAAGAGGCCCAGAGUUCCGUCGUUCGUAAUGCCGGGACCGAAGCGGAAUAA